AUGCAUGCUGACUUGGAUUCUCCAACAGUCAAGGUUCACAUCAAGUCCCGCGUCGUCACUGUCGAGGGCCCCCGUGGCAAGCUCGUGAAGGACCUGUCCCACUUGGCUGUCAACUUCUCCCAGCCGGUCAAGGGCACCAUCAACAUUGAGAUCCACCACGGCUCAAGAAAGAACGUUGCCACCCUCCGCACCGUCCGCACCCUCAUCAACAACCUGAUCAUCGGUGUCACCAAGGGCUUCAAGUACAAGAUGCGCUACGUCUACGCCCAUUUCCCCAUCAACGUCAACCUGGACAAGAGCUCCGAGACCGGUCUGUGGGAGGUCGAGAUCCGCAACUUCAUCGGCGAGAAGCUUGUCCGCCGCGUCGUCAUGCGCGAGGGCGUCGACGUUGCCGUCUCUACCACCCAGAAGGAUGAGCUCGUCCUCUCCGGCAACUCCCUUGAGGCCGUCUCCCAGUCCGCCGCCGACAUCCAGCAGAUCUGCAAGGUCCGCAACAAGGAUAUCCGUAAGUUCUUGGACGGCAUGUACGUCUCCGAGAAGGGCAACAUUGUUGAGGACGUUUAA